ACGUUGAUGCCAUAUCCGUAUGCCACACAAAGGCACAACCUUUCCUUAGGAUAAGGCACCAUUGUUGCUCUUAGAAGAGCUUUCUAAGUAGGAGAGGUGUCUCAUUUGUUUGAAGCAUCAGGGGGACUUGAGUAAUCUAAGGCUCAAGGGGGGCUGUGAGCAGUGAGAAAAUAUAGAUGCGCUGAUGCGCUCAUACUUGCAGGUUUGCAGAUAAUUUCUCUGGACGGAGCUGUCAUUCAUUUCUAUGGUCACUUUCAAGUAGUAGCUUUGCCUUUUUUUUUUUUGUUCCAAUGGCUUUGAGCUUUCCCUGCUAUGCUUCUCUUCUUCCCCAACAACAGCAUCACCAAGAAGUGAAAGAGAAGCAUAGGAGAUACAACAACAAGAGUUUUGAAGCCGUUAAAAACCUUAUCAAAACGAUUGGAAUCCCAUCGAUUUCGAGUUCCCCACACGAAUCCCUCCGAAAGGGGAAUUGGGUCAAGCUCAUCUGCGGCGCUAGCUUUGAGGAUGUCGUCGAUAUCAGAAAUCUCUCUCUCGUUUACACUUUGGCUGGGGUUGAUUGCAUUGAUUGUGCGGCGGAUGAAUCGGUGGUGACUGCGGUGAACGAAGGUAUCGAUGUGGCGGAAGAGAUUGGGGGUCUCCUUCGACGGCCUUGGGUUAUGAUCAGUGUUAACGACGACGAAGAUCUCCAUUUCCGCAAAGCUGAAUUUGAUCCAGAGGAUUGUCCACCUGAUUGUUCAAGACCAUGUGAAAUGGUUUGUCCUGCAAAUGCAAUUUCACUAGAACUGUUACCAAGGGAAGAUGGAUCUACUCAUGGCAAAGCUGCAUGUGGUAAAUUCCAGGGUGGAGUUAUAACUGAACGUUGCUAUGGUUGUGGCCGGUGCAUUCCUGUAUGUCCCUAUGAUAAAAUAACUGUUUUAGGAGCUGCUACAUAUGUCAGAGAUGCAGCUGAGACAGCUCAACUUCUUAAGAGAAGUGAUGUGGAUGCUGUAGAGAUACAUACUAGUGGAAGGCAAACUGAUUGUUUUGAAGAACUCUGGAAUAGAUUGGGAGAUUCAAUUUGGCAUGUGAAGCUAGUUGCGGUUAGCUUACCAUAUAUUGGGGAUUCAACCGCUGCUACAAUGAGCAGAGUAUUCUCAAUCAUGGGUCCUCGUCUUAGCUGCUACAAUCUAUGGCAGCUGGAUGGCCGUCCCAUGAGUGGAGAUAUUGGAAAAGGUGCCACUAGGGAAGCUAUUGCAUUUGCUGUUCAUUUGGCUGCACUAAGUGAUAGACCUCACGGUUUUUUGCAGUUGGCUGGUGGCACCAACUUACAGACAGUUGAUAGUUUGAAGAAAGCAGGACUUUUCAAGAAAACAGAAAAUGGUUCGCAGUAUGCUUUAAUUGGUGGGGUAGCUUAUGGUGGCUAUGCAAGGAAGAUUGUUGGAAGAGUUUUAAGUCAGAUACAAUCCCAUUAUGGCCUCAUGCACAUAGAGGAUCACCCUGACUAUUUCUUGGACGCACUUAAAGAGGCCCUCACUUUGGUUGGAACUGUCAAGUGCUAUCAUUUUCCUUCUGAUAUUUUCUAGAAGAAAAUUCCUCCGGAAGAGAUCCUCUCUGAAGUUUGAUUGUGGCGCAUGCACCAUUGCUCUCAAAUUCUACCAAUAUGUGUAAAGUUCAACAACAGCUCUUACAUUUUGUUUGAUGGUUAAGGAAUUUCAGGUAAUGUUAUCACCAUAUGAUGCCUUUUUUAAAUUGAUGCAUAUGAAAAGACCAAUUUGAUGGAUGUUUCCGUUCUUUAUCCUUACAUCUCUCAAUUUAUAAAGGUGAUAGGGUCAAAAUGUUACCCAAAUGCAUAAUGAGAUAAUACCUAUAUUAAUAUGAACAAAACCUUUUGCUUUUGCUCUCUUUCUUUUGGUUUCUUUUGCGGUUAAAAACAAUAAAAUGUAUAAUUUGACAUAGUAUCUUCUUUCCAUUCUCACUGUUUGCAAGUGCUCAUGAACAGCAUUGUUGAAAUGACCUUGAAAGUCUUUCUCUGAAACUCCAGUGAACCAAGUAGCUCGUUGAAUCCCCCUUAAAGUCUGGAAAUACACUGCGAACAACAGAUGGUACAAAGAGCCAUACAGCAUGAUUAUCAUGGUUAUGAUUAUGAUUAUGAUUAUGGGUUUGUUAUUGUUCAGGGGCUUACACCCUAAGGCUGCGUUUGGUUGCAAGGGAAAUGGGAAAGGGAAGGGAAGUGAAGGGAAGUGCAAGAAAUUUUUUUUCCCUUUCGAGUCGUUUGGUUGCAACAGAAGUGAAGUGAGAUUAAUUUACCAGAGUUGUUAGGUUGGAUGUAAAAUUGAUGUAAAAUAGAUGUAAAAUUUUAAAAAACUAGUAUACCAACCAAACUUAUUAAACUGUAACCAGUUACACCC